AUGGAUACCGAACUAGCCUUGUAUAAUGUGGUGUGUAAGGGUUGCAAACUUAUCAAAUAUUGCAGCGUGCAGCACCAGAAACUGGACGCACCUUCGCAUGAUGAAUUUUGCCUUUCUGUACAGGCAGUAACAACAAAAUUAAAAGUUGACCAUAUUGUGCGUUGCCCGGAAAAAAUGUAUCUAGAGCACUUAAGCACCUUUGCCAGCGACAAACGUUCACUAAAACGCCUGGUCGACUGUAACCGUUUCUUGAUUGAAAGGGUUCUCAAUCGCUCGUUGCUGUAUCAUGAGCACAUUAUGGUACAGUUUCUAACAGUGUGUAACGUCUGUUUGAAUUACGAUUCGGAAAAGCUAGAUUUUUGUAGCGAUUGCCGUCAGGUUGCUUACUGUAGCGAAGAACACCGUCAAAGAGACCGUGAGAACCAUUCCAAGUGGUGUGAUUUGUUGCGUAUCAACUUUUGUCUCGACUUUGGUAAGUUUAUAUUUAAAUGCGACAGCUUCAUUCGUCUCAUCGGAGACAAAGUCGAUUUGCAAUUCUUACCGAAGGAUAGUUUUCAGUUGGCAAGCGAAAUAAUGGGUCGAAACAUUAAGGCCAGAUCCAGAUCAGUUUCCAAAUCUGGUCUCACUAUCGAAUUACCACAAGAGAUGGACAAUAUCAAGUUAGCGUCCCAUUUCUCCUGGGUCGGCACUAUACUUUAUGCUCUAAAAUGCACUGAUAUGUAUGAUGAUCUACAGGACGAUUUGGUCGUAUUCAUCAUUGGUACCGACAACGAGGAUGUGUUUUUUAACCGGCUCACCAAUACGGCAUUCUUCGUUUUCAUACCAAUGUUACGCCGUCUUCGUCUGUAUUUCAUCGGUCCCAACCUGAAGCAAAAUGAUGGGUACCAAAACUAUCUCGACGAGACGCGUGUGGUGGAGGCAGUACUCUAUCGAGACUUGUACCACAAGCUACCCCAAAAGUACGAGCUUCCCAAUCCACAUCUCAUCAUCGCGUUCAACUGUGGUUUUCAUGAAUUUUGUGGAACUCCAGAGGAGACCUGGUCGGAGACAAUCCGUAACCUGCUCUGCAUCCCGAACGUUCCGUUCGCAUUUACAUCGUACACACACGAGGAAGCCGUCAACGAUGCCACCACCGUCUUGCGAGAGGCCCAAAUGCUCGAUAAACGUGACGCACUCACGUAUGUAUUGCGUGCUGCCGUAAAUCCGCUCCGCAACCCAGAUCCAAUUCGCAACCCCGAUUUGACAGAUGAAACGGAUGUGUUGUACCACAAAAACGGGUACCUGUCCAUUGCCAUCAUGCGGAAGGAGUAA